UGAGUGUAGUUUAUCUUCUGCAGGUAUUUGCUCAUAAACUAAAAAGGUAGCAAAAAGAAAUUAAAACCUAUUGGCAUUGUCUCGUUGCCAUAGAAUUUUCCAAAAGGGAGUUUUGAGCACUCCUGUAAACAUGCAAGCUGUGAAGACCUGUCACUCAAUCAACUGUGCUAUGAACAGCCCACAUCAACAGUAACCACUGAUAUCUUUGUUCAUGCAGGUAUGCAGAAACGAAUUACCCGACACCCGCCAUAAUGUGUGGAUGCAUGAAUGGAUAUUUGUUAUAGCUGCAUGAACCAUUGCAGCAAACAGUGUGCAGUCGGCUUGUACCAUGGUGCAUAUCUGGAAAUGACUCAACACAGCUACUUGUAAAUGUAAAGAAAUGCAACCCUUUGGUUAAUGAGUAGCCGUGGCAACCUUUGCUCCCGAUUCUCAAGCAGCGGCCAAGGUGUUCGGCACCUGAGCUGCUGCUCUCACGUCUUUAAAGGAAGCUGCCCAAACUAAAGGAAUCCAUGGAUGAUGACAUCCUGGCAGAUCAAGGCAGUCCUCUCCUGCAGGAUCCCGACAUCUUACCCUUCAGCGGGUAUCCCAGCAUGCAGUAUCCGUCCACGGAGCAGACCAUGUGUUCCAUACCGUACUACUCCAGUCAAAACUACUACCCUCAGUACCAUGGAGAGGAAUGGUUCUCCCACACAGGGAUGUAUGAACUGAGGAAAGAACCCCUGGAUGGCGGCUAUGUUGCUGAGAUGGAGGAGGUGUCCCCCGUGGUGCCCGUCGUCUGCAAGAGGACGCGGCACAUGUCGCAGGCCGGAAGGGUCAAAGGGGAAGAACUGUGUGUGGUGUGUGGAGACAAGGCCUCUGGAUACCACUAUAACGCUCUCACCUGUGAGGGAUGUAAAGGUUUCUUCAGAAGAAGCAUAACAAAGAACGCUGUUUAUAAGUGCAAGAGUGGCGGAAACUGUGAAAUGGACAUGUACAUGCGCAGGAAAUGCCAGGAGUGUCGGCUAAGAAAGUGCAAGGAGAUGGGCAUGCUGGCUGAAUGCCUGCUGACAGAGAUCCAGUGUAAGUCGAAAAGGCUGCGGAAGUACACCAAGGCGUCGCCGGGACAGUCGCCCGGUACCGAGGCGGACAACAAACAGGUCUCCUCAACCACCAGACUGUCCAGGGAAAAAGUGGAAAUCAGCAGAGAGCAGCGAGCUCUCAUGAAAGCCAUUGUGGAUGCCUACAACAGACAUCAAAUUCCUCAAGACGUAGCCAAAAAACUGCUGCAAGACCAGUACAGCCCAGAAGAAAACUUCCAUCUAUUGACAGAAAUGGCAACAAGUCAAGUUCAGGUUUUGGUGGAAUUUACAAAAAAUAUUCCAGGCUUUCUCUCUCUGGAUCGGGAGGAUCAGAUCGCUCUUCUGAAGGGUUCGGCCGUAGAGGCCAUGUUUCUACGCUCAGCGCAGGUUUUCAGUAGAAAGAUACCCACCGGACACACAGACGUUUUGGAGGAGAGGGUACGCAAGAGUGGUAUACCCGACGAAUUUAUGACGCCCAUGUUCAACUUUUACAAGAGCAUCGGUGAGCUCCACAUGGUGCAGGAGGAACAGGCUAUACUCACUGCCAUAACCAUCCUGUCUCCAGAUCGACCUUACGUCAAGGAUCCUCGGGCAGUCGAGAGGCUUCAGGAGACGAUGCUGGACGUGCUGAGGAAGCUGUGCGUCCUGCAGCACCCGCAAGAGCAGCAGUACUUUGCUCGUCUCCUGGGCCGCCUGACGGAGCUGAGAACGCUGAGCCACUACCACUCCGAGAUGCUCGCCUCCUGGAGGAUGAACGACCAUAAAUUCACGCCGCUGCUCUGUGAGAUUUGGGACGUGCAGUGACACCACAGGAGAGGCGGGGGAAAGUAUUCCCAUGGGGGAUGAGAACAUGAACAUUUGUACUCGUAAGACAAAGUCAUGGUCCAACUAAAGUGAAUAUUUAUUUUGGGUGAUGUGGGGAUGUGGCAUUAGAUCCUGGGCCACUAUCAUUUGUUCUGAUUCAGUAAAUGGUUGAAAGUAUUUCUUGUGUGCGUUUAUUUGAUGUAAAACAGUCCUAACAUUCAUUUCUUGUGUGAGGCAGCCAACUCUUCGCUGUCUCACUGUUGAGAUGUUAUGGACGGGGUUUUCAGUGCAAGGAGGAAACUUCUUUUUACUGUCAAUAUCAUCUUGAAGUCCAAAAAAGUUCAAACACUGAAACUUAUUCUCAGGAUAGACGGUACUCACAAGAAAUCGAAAGUUAAAGUGAAUCCCUUCUCCUUUAAAAGGUUCACGCUGAAAUAUUCUUUUUGAUUAUUUGUAUCACUGUUAUUUUACUGUGUAGGAGUUCCCAUACAGACAUAUCAUGUGGUACAUCCCUAAAUGAUAUAUCAGAGGGGCAUUAGCAAAAUCACUGUUGUUGUUCUUUUGCAUGUUAUAGCAAUUUUCUAUAUAAUUAAAAAACAUCCAA